AUGGGCAACUCAGCUGUAAACGAGAAUCUGGCAACAUUCCUGCUGCUACUAUGUGGCUUGGAUUCCCGAUUUUACUGGCAAAGUCAAGGAGCUGUCCAGCAGGACAAAGAGCAGGUGUCAUUGCGUGAUCUCCGCACUUUUGCUGUGGAGCAUGAAUUUGAUGCCUAUUCAGGUAGUCUGUCAGAUUUUGAUGUCCAUGGCAACCUGCUGGUGACAUGUGGCUUCUCCAGCCGAAUGAAUGGCCUAGCCUGUGAUCGUUUCCUCAAAGUGUAUGACCUGCGCAUGCUACGAGCCAUCACACCUCUGCAGGUUCACAUUGACCCUCUGUUUUUGAAGUUCAUUCCUACCUACACAUCUCGCCUUGCCAUCAUCUCCCAGACAGGUCAGUGUCAGUUCUGUGAACCCACUGGAUUGGCCAGUCCUGCCGACAUCUUCCAUGUCAAUACAGUGGGCCAGCUGAUCAUGAGCUUUGAUGUGUCAGCCAGCAAACAAGCCAUGGUUUUUGGAGACUCAGAGGGCUGCGUCCACCUGUGGGCCAACUCACCUGAGAUCACCUUCAAUGCAUACUCCCGGGAGACUGACUUUGCCUUGCCUUGUAUUGUGGACACCUUUCCCCACCUUGACUGGAACCAAGAUCUCAUGCCCCUCUCGCUUAUACCUGUGCCACUAACCACUGAAUCACUGUUGUCAGAUUGGCCAGCUGCCAACUCUGCUCCUGCACCCAGACGAGCCCCACCAGUUGACCCAGAGAUCCUUCGUACCAUGAAGAAAGUUGGCUUUAUUGGAUAUGCUCCAAAUCCCAGGACCAAGCUGCGGAACCAGAUUCCCUAUCGACUGAAAGAGCUCGACAAUGAGUUUGACAAUUUCAGCCAGGUCCCUGAAUCCCCCAUCGGACGGGAAGAGGAACCACAUAUCUACAUGGUGGCAAAGAAAUACAGGAAGGUCACAAUUAAAUAUUCCAAGCUGGGCCUGGAGGACUUUGACUUCAAACAUUACAACAAAACACUUUUUGCUGGUCUAGAGCCCCACAUUCCAAACGCUUACUGCAACUGCAUGAUUCAGGUCUUGUAUUUCCUGGAGCCAGUGCGCUGCCUGGUUCAGAACCACUUGUGCCAGAAAGAGUUUUGCCUGAGCUGUGAGCUUGGCUUCUUAUUCCACAUGCUGGACUUGUCCAGAGGAGACCCUUGUCAGGGGAGCAACUUUCUCCGUGCCUUCCGCACCAUUCCAGAGGCAGCUGCUCUGGGACUGAUCUUGGCUGAUUCAGAUGAGGCUACAGGGAAAGUGAAUCUAGGACGGUUGAUUCAGAGUUGGAACCGCUUCAUUCUGACCCAGCUCCAUCAGGAAACCCAAGAGCAGGAAGGCCCUCAGGCUUACCGGGGCAUUGGCAGCAGCAACUUUGGAUCUUCGGGGGACUCGGUCAUUGGGCAGCUUUUCAGCUGUGAGGUGGAGAAUUGCAGCAUGUGCCGCUGUGGCAAAGAGACUGUUCGAGUAUCUUCCACACUCCUCUUUACCCUCUCCUACCCUGAGAGCAACGAUAAAAUCAAAGAUUAUGAAUUUGCUCAGAUCUUGAAGAGAAGCAUCUGUCUGGAACAGAACACCCAGGCCUGGUGUGAGAACUGUGAGAAAUAUCAACCCACGGUCCAGACUCGCAAUAUCCGCUGCCUGCCUGAUGUUUUGGUCAUUAACUGUGAAGUGAACAGUUCCAAGGAGGCGGAAUUCUGGAAGAUGCAGGCAGAGUAUGCCUUUAAGAAGUUGAUGAUGAAGAAGGGUGGCCGAGAACUCCCCAAAAGUAGAGAUAUACCUCUUGGGGAAUGGAAUGAAUUGGGAAUGGCAGAGGGGAGCCAUUCUUAUACCUCGAUUGAAGAGCUGAAGAACAUCUGGAUUCCUUAUUCCAUCAAGAUGAAGCUCUCCAAGAACAAGGAGCUGGAGGUUUAUAACUGGGAUGAAAGCACUGAACUAACUGUGUUGGAUGAUCAGGAAUCAACAUAUGUCUAUGACCUUAUGGCAACUAUUGUGCACAUUCUGGACUCCCGGACUGGGGGCAGCCUGGUGGGGCAUAUCAAAGUGGGGGAGACCUACCACCAAAGGAAGGAGGGUGUCACACACCAGCAGUGGUACCUUUUCAAUGACUUUCUCAUUGAGCCUGUGGAUAAGUGUGAAGCAGUUCAAUUUGACAUGAGCUGGAAGGUGCCUGCUAUCCUUUAUUAUGUCCGGAGGAACCUCCAUUCCAAGUACAAUUUAACCAUUAAAAACCCUAUUGAAGCCAGUGUGCUUCUCGCUGAGGCUUCCCUCGCUCGCAAGCAGCGCAAAUGUCAUGCCACUUUCAUCCCACUCAUGCUGAAUGAGAUGCCACAGGCUGGGGACUUGGUGGGACUGGAUGCUGAAUUUGUCACCCUCAACGAGGAGGAGGCAGAACUUCGCAGUGAUGGGACCAAAUCCACCAUCAAGCCCAGUCAGAUGUCAGUGGCCAGGAUUACAUGUGUAAGGGGACAAGGUCCCAAUGAGGGUGUUCCAUUCAUCGAUGAUUACAUUUCCACGCAAGAACAGGUGGUAGAUUACCUCACUCAGUAUUCAGGAAUAAAGCCAGGUGAUCUGGAUGCCAAAAUUUCCUCCAAACACCUCACCACCCUCAAAUCCACCUACCUGAAGCUACGCUUCCUCAUCGAUGUCGGGGUCAAGUUUGUGGGCCACGGAUUGCAAAAAGACUUCCGCGUCAUCAACAUCAUGGUUCCCAGGGACCAAGUCAUUGACACUGUCUACCUGUUCCACAUGCCCAGGAAGAGGAUGAUCUCACUGCGUUUCCUUGCCUGGUAUUUUUUGGAUCUGAAGAUCCAAGGGGAGACUCAUGACAGCAUUGAAGAUGCGCGCACAGCCCUCCAGCUGUACAGGAAGUACGUGGAACUUAGCACUCGUGGCUUGGAGCCUGAGGAGUUCCGCAAAGUGCUGAAGGGCCUAUAUGAGAAAGGGAGGAAGAUGGACUGGAAGGUGCCUGAACCUGAUGGCCAGAGCAGCCCCAAGAGUGCUGCUGUGUUCUCAACCGUGCUGUCCCUCUGAUCCCAGAGACCUCAUUGCAUCCUGUGUCUUUUCUGUACUCUCUUCAGGAGGGGACUAUCCAAAACUUGCUCCCUGAGAUCUGGGCUUUCUGGAACAUGAAUUAUAAUGCAUAUGUGUAUGAAAAGGGAAGGCAUGGUCGUUAACAUGCCACACAUUUCUCAGAGGCCAAGGGACGUCUGCUGGAGCAUCUCUGUCCCCAGUUUCCUGACAAACCUCAUGGAUCCCAGACCGAAUCCUAUCUAAUUAGGGAAGAGAGUGCAUAUGGCGGUACCCUUUGUUAACCACAUGGGGGCACAGUUGCACUGAAAGAGCUGCUCCCUUUGGAUGCUGAACUUAGGUGCUUCCCAAGACGGAUUGCACGUCAGAUCCUGCAAUGCACUCAGUGUCAGGCUGUUCUAGCAUGUAUUCUAUAUAAAAGGGGUGAGUGACGCAGAUCUGUGAGUUGCUCAGAGAUCCAUUGUUUCCACAUCCACUGAUGUCAUUAGCAGCGUUAAGCUGGGUAACUUGCAGGGACACCUGUUUAUCUUCUGGCUGGGAGCUGUUCCUGAAACAACCUAGAUCUGGACUCUACUCCCAUGGAACCUCCAUGGCAUUUUAACUCUUGUUUUGUGUCUGUGAAUUGUGGUCACAAGAAGUCUAUGAAAUGUAAUAAAGCUGUAAAAACACUGCCAGUG